AUGCUAGAUUAUGUUAUGGAUAUUGUUACCCCUAAAAGCGACGGCGGUAUGCAGAUGUCACAAUAUCAAUGUUCAUUUUACUCGUUACGUCCUAAACAAGUUGAUUUUGAUGCUACUUGGAAAAGCAUUGAAAAUUCAAUCAAGAGGAUCAUGAAAUUACAACCACUGGAGCGGCGUAUUUGGGACUACAAUUUCUAUGAUAUCUAUUCUUUAUGUGUUGCGAUUCCCGAGCCAUUAAGUGAACGUCUGUAUGGAAAAACAAAAGAAUGUUUGGAAUUACAUGUUACUGAAUUGUAUCAGGAGAUAAACUCAGCAAGUGAUUCUGACCUUCUUAAUACCUACUGCCAACUUUGGAAUGUAUAUUAUAAAGGAGCAUUAUGUGUUCACAAUCUUUUUGGGUACCUUAAUAAGCAGUAUAUCAAAAUUAAGCGCUGUACUGAAAUUGAAGGUGGAUACGGAGCUUAUAGUCAAUAUCUUACACAAAAAGAUGUCAAGGAGAUUGGUUUGCUUGCAAUGGAAAUUUGGCGUAAAAAAUUAAUAGAUCCGAUGGAAAAGCGACUGGUUGGUCAUGUAUUAACUGCCAUUGCUGCGGAUCGUGAAGGAAGAAACAGCAUUCCAGUAGACACUGUCCGAGGUGUUAUCAUGUCCUUUGUUCAAGUGGACGAUGUGGAGGGCAUGCGUGAAAUAUUAGAUAAAUCACUAUCAAAUUUACCGCAGAAUUACGAUACUUAUCGGGAAAUGUUUGAAAAAAAGUUCCUGCAAACAACAACUGAGUAUUAUACAGUGCUGUCCAACAAAUUACUUAGUGAACUCAGUUGUUCUCAGUAUAUGGAAUCCGUAAUUACGCGAAUAGAGGAAGAAAAUGAGCGUUCAGUUCGUUUCCUGCACAAAAGUAGCCAUGAGAAAGUUACCAAAUUAUGUCAGGAUGUAAUGGUGGAUGCUCACAAAGAACGUCUGUAUGCCGUUUGUCAUGAAUAUAUCGAAGGCGAAUGCAUGACUGAUCUUCACAAUAUGUAUCGUAUUCUGAAACCUAUAAACGGCGGGCUGUCGGUUGUAAUACGUGAAUUUCAAAAUUUUGUCAAGAAAACUGGUCUUGAAAUAGUGAAAGAUAUGCAUGGUGACAACAUUCCCCAGCAGUUUAUAGAAAAUGUAUUGCAGGUUUAUAACAGAUUCUCUUCAAUGGUUACGAAAGUUUAUUAUGACGAUGGCGAUUUCGUUGGAGCUCUGGAUAAGGCACUUCAAGCUGUCGUAAAUUACCGUGACGACCCACGUCAGGCACCAAAAGCAUCAGAAAGGCUUGCUCGUUAUACUGACACGCUUCUACGCAAAUCUGGCAAAGGCUUGAGUGACGGUGAGUUGGAUACAAAACUAACACAGGCAAUUAUUAUUUUUCGGUAUAUUGAGGACAAAGACAUUUUUCAAAAGUUCUACUCGAAAAUGUUAGCUAACCGUCUAAUUACCAAUGCUUCUCUUUCGAAGGACGCUGAAGAAUCGAUGAUUAACAAACUGAAACAAGCAUGCGGAUUUGAAUUUACGAGUAAACUCUCGCGGAUGUUUACAGAUGUUGGAUUGAGUCAUGAGCUUACGGACAAAUUUGUUAGUCAUUGUGCCGUCAGCAAUGUUACUCUGAAUGUCCAGAUGGCAGUAUUGAUUUUACAAGCGGGGGCAUGGCCAUUAUCAGCACCCAAUUCAACUCCAACUUCCGGAGUGGAUGGGAAAGAUAGUACAACCGCUGUUCAGGUUACGGGUUUUAUCGUCCCUCCAGUUCUUCUGCCAUCUAUUGAACAUUUUGAAAGAUAUUAUCAGGCAUCGCAUAAUGGUCGAAAAUUGACAUGGCUCUUCAAUCUUGCAAGUGUUGAGGUAAAAUUGCACUAUUUGGACAAAAUGUAUCAGGUGACGAUGUCCGUCCACCAGCUAGCAAUUUUGUUGUGUUUUGAGACGAGGGAUUCGGUAACUUUAAGUUAUAUCGAGAAAGCAACUGGUUUAUCAGAUGAAUUACUUAGCCGAAAUGCUCGUGCACUGGUUGAUUCUGGUAUUCUAAUUAUGGUGAAAAAGGAAAUGAAUGAGGCUAAUGAAGUCGCACUCAACUUGUUACUGACAUCGAAACGUCUUCGGUUUAAAGUUUUGGUGCCACAAUUACAGCGACAUGCAGAAAAGGAGGCAGAGCAUGUAAAUAUCACUGCUCAACAGGAUCGGAAAUAUUAUAUGGAAUGUACUAUUGUUCGCAUAAUGAAAACGCGAAAGGUGUUGAAACAUGCCGCCUUAGUUAAUGAGGUAAUUGAACAAACCAAAUCUCGUUUUACACCGGAUGUUAACUUCAUCAAGAAGAAUAUCGAGUCGCUCAUAGAAAAAUUGUAUAUUCAGAGGACUGAUCAGAAUGAUGAAUAUCAGUACUUGGCAUAA